AUGGCUUGUUUUUACUCUUCUCAUCCAUACAUAUCAAUCUAUAUUGUAACCUUUCUUCUCAUCUCACAAUGGUCAUCAACUACCAAUGCAAAACCAAACAUUGCUACCACUUUAUCAACAAAACCAAAAACAUGUCCAUAUCCAUCAUUACUCAUAUCAAAAGCUUGUAAAGGCACCGCAUCAAUUUCGUCCCUAGAAGAAGCAUGCAUCAAGUCUCUAACCUUAGAUCAUCGCACAGCCUCCACAUCAACUGCAUUGGAAUUGGCUAAGGCUGCUCUUAAUCUUGCCAUGGAGAAGGCAAAACAUACACAGUUUCUCAUUGGUUCUCCAAAGAAGCCAUGUUUCAAGAGUUGUAUGGAGAAUUAUAAAGAUUCUGUUCUUGAGGGAUUACAAAAGGCAGAGUUGUCAAUGGCUAAAGGUAAUGUCGAUGACAUGGAUGACGAACUUAGUCUCGCACGUGAUGCUGCUGAUUACUGCAAUAUGAUUUUGUCUGUUGAUCCAGAUGAUACAAGGUCCUUAGUUUUUGCGGCUAACGUAGCUGUGUAUAAUCAUAUUACGUUUGUGAUGAGUGUAGCGGAUUUGUUGUAG